AUGGUGUCGACGACGCUGCCGAAAUCGAACGAGAGCGGCGCGAACGCGGAGAUAGGACGGGUGCACGGAUGGAUAAACGCGCCGGUGAACGCGUGGUUGAAGGAGGAUCGACGCGAGCCGGGAGAUGGGAAUCGGGAAAGGUUUUGGAAGACGGGUCGCGUCAACGCGAAGUGA